GACAAUUUCAACGAAAUAUGGAAAUUUCCAAAGCCAGAAAUCAUCACGAGAUUGAAUUCCGUUGAUAUCUUGAGAAUCGAUUGGAUUACAGGAAACUGGUAUUUCGUAAAUACUGAGAAUGGAUUGAUUGUUUUAUGUAAUCCAGCAAUGACGUUGUGCUCAAUUAUUGUUGAAAUCAGCCGCCAAAAAAUAAACACACUGGAAUUAGAUCCACUCAACGGUUUAAUAUUUUUCACAACAUCAGAUUCGUUUGGCAGUUUACUUCAAGCAAAUAUGGAUGGUUCUAAUCAGACAAUUAUCGAUUCGUACAAGAUUUUCUAUCCAUCUAGUUUGAAAUUGGAUUUGGCAAAUGAACAGAUUUAUUGGCUUGAUAAGUACAUGGAUUACAUUGAACGGGUUGAUUACAGUGGCAACACUCGAUGGUCAUUAAAAGCACUUAUUGGUAGUUCAAUGCGACCAAUGCACGCAAUCGCUUUGUUUGAAAGUAAUAUUUACAUAACAAAGCGAUCGAUGUCACAUUUAGAGAUGUGGCGCAUCAAUCGACGUAAUACAAGUUCGGUUGAAAGAAUUUUUGUCACUAAAGAGCAACCGCUUGAAAUGCGUAUAUUUCAUGCUCAAAGUCAACCAAAUGCACCAAAAUCGUGGAUUGAUCCAAAUCCGUGCUCGAAUAAUACAACACAUUCGAUGAAUUGCGAGCAUUUGUGCGUUUUGGCUUAUGGUAUAACAAAAAAGAUACAAGCCCAAUGCAUAUGCAGUGCCGGCUAUCAAUUAAAAAAUCAACAUAGAUGCGUUUUGAUUAAACAAAAUUCAUUUUUAAUAUAUGCCAAACAAAGUCCAGAUAUGAUUCGAGGUAUAUCGAUUUCGAAUACAACAGACAUUUUAGAUGCACAAGAAUGUAUGGUGCCAAUUUUAAAUGUAAAAAGACCACUCAGCCUGGAUUAUAAUAUGAAAAAUCAACUGAUAUACUUUGGACAAAAUGACAUAGCAAGCCAUGAGUAUAUAAUCGAAUCACAAAAUUUGGAUGGAACGAAACGUACUGUCAUUCAACAAGGUCGUGGUCAUUGUCAUAGCAUUGCAUACGAUUGGGUGGGAAAUAAUAUUUUCUGGGCAUCCACAAGAAAAAUUGAUGUUUUCAAUUUGGCACAUCCUAAUAUCACGAAAACACUUAUCCAUAUAGUUAAUGCGGGAUCGAUCGCGUUGCAUCCCAGCAAAGGUUUACUGUUUUGGUCAACAUGGGCAUCCGAAAAUAGUAUAGGACAAAUCAUGGCAUCAUGGAUGGAUGGAACUCAUAAAACUGUAUUUGUUGAUAUGUGUUCGAACAGUAACAAUUGUACGAGCAUUCAAUGGCCAUCUAGCCUAACAAUUGACUUCACUGAGAAUUAUUUAUAUUGGUGUGAUAUACGCAUGCAAACCAUUGAACGAAUUGGAUUGGAUAAUAAACAUCGUGAAAUUAUUCUACAAGCCAAUAGAAACUUUCAUCCAUAUUCAGUGGCCAGUCACAACGCAUUCAUUUACUUUACAGACACAUCUAACGGAAAUAUUACGAAAUUCAAUGUAAACGAGGCGAACAAUCAACGAAAAUUCACAUUAUUGUCACAAAAAAAUCAUCGAAUAACUCACAUCAAAAUUUUCGAUAAUGUAACUCAAUCGAAUUCAGAGAUAUGUUAUAAUAAGCCCUGUCCAGGUCUAAUGUUGGCCACACCAAAAGGAUGUGUUUGUGUUUGUGGUAAUGAUUUUGAUUUGAAUGCAAGUGGAACACAAUGUUUACGUCAAACGAAAACAACCGUUAAAAAUACAUGCACUGCCGGUCAGUUUAUGUGCAAAAGUAGCGGCGAAUGUAUUAAUACAUCAUCAUUAUGUGAUGGGGACGCAGAUUGCAUACAUGAAAGUAAUGGAGAAAAUUCGUACUCAGAUGAUGAAUCUUAUGCAGAUGAUGGACCAUGUAACAUCAAAAAUAACAACUGUACCUUCAACGACGGAAGGGGUUUCUUAUGCGAUGUUAAUCGAUGUUUACAAAAAGUUGUUUUGUGUGAUGGAAUCACGCAAUGUGAAGAUCGGAGCGACGAAAGCCCUGAACGAUGUGCUAUUACUCCUUGUCCACCAGAUAAAUUUCAAUGUAAAAAAUCCAAACAAUGCAUUUCCAGAAAUUUUCUCUGUGAUG